GAGAGGCGCUACAGUACAGUGGAAUCCUAGCAGAAGCAGAUCAACGUCAAUGGACUGAUGCGGCUGUAAAGCCAAAACAAAGCAGGAUAAAAGAAAUAUAAUAAGUUUUGCGCGCGCAUAAUGUCAGGAGGUUAUGUAGUGUGGGGUUUAUUUUAUAUAGAAAUAUAGUUCACGCGACUGUUAAGACUAUUAGCCGUCGCAUAUAUUAGUGUCUUUAUUCCCAGUGACCAUAACGUAAUUCCUAGACAGCAUCACUAUUAUCAGAGCAAGCUGUACUGCCUGUGGGAAAUAAAGCGAAGUGACAAGUAAAAAUAAUCAGCGACAGCUCUGGAGAUUGCGCUUGGAGAAAAGCAAGAUAGAGUAAGAUUGAAUAAAAUAAAUAAAUAAUAAAAAUAAAAAGAUGCCGCUCCAUACUGAGCCAUGGGAGUGAGCGCUCGGUGAAGAUGAGCCACAGGAGCAGUCCAGCUAAAGCGUAUGAUUUCCUGUUGAAAUUCCUGCUUGUGGGAGACAGUGAUGUGGGCAAGGGCGAGAUCUUGGCCAGUUUGCAGGAUGGGGCUACAGAAUCACCUUAUGGAUAUAACAUGGGGAUUGACUGCAAAACCACCACCAUACUGCUUGAUGGGCGUAGAGUCAAACUGCAGCUUUGGGACACGUCUGGACAGGGACGUUUCUGCACCAUAUUCCGCUCGUACUCCAGAGGAGCACAGGGUGUUAUCCUUGUCUAUGACAUUACAAAUCGGUGGUCCUUUGAUGGAAUUGACAGAUGGAUUAAAGAGAUUGAUGAGCAUGCACCAGGAGUCCCUAAGAUCCUUGUGGGGAACCGUCUGCACUUGGCCUACAAACGUCAGGUGACGACUGAAAAUGCGAAAGCCUUUGCUGAGCGGCUGGGUGUCACCUUUUUUGAAGUCAGCCCUCUGUGUAACUUCAACAUCACUGAGUCCUUCACGGAGUUGGCUCGCAUAGUUCUAAUGCGCCAUGGCAUGGAGAGACUCUGGAGACCUAACAAAGUGUUGAGUCUGCAGGAUCUGUGCUGCCGAUCCAUCGUCUCCUGCACCCCUGUGCACCUGGUGGACAAACUCCCGCUUCCUGUUGCCUUAAAGAGCCACCUGAAGUCCUUUUCCAUGGCCAACGGCCUCAACGCCCGCAUGAUGCACGGACGCUCCUACUCCGUCAUAGCCAGCAGCGGCGCGAAGAGGAACGGAACAAAAAAAUCCAAACUCAUCUACCCACCCCUGAGCCCGUCACAGAGCUGCACAAGGACCACAUGCAAGAUAUCGUAGUCUAAUGACGCAGUCUGCAUUCACAACAUUGACUCACAGUUACAGUUAACAACUCGAAGUCAACAGGGUUUCAGUGAAGUGAAAGAUGCUCUCCAAUGGCCAAGAGUGUCCAUAAUCUUUUCAUCAGGCACUUGGGAUGUGUGCUUCAUGCUAUAUCUGAAUGUGAUUGCUCAAAGAGAUUGCUGAAACAGACCUAUGAAAAGGGAUUAGUGUAAAGCCAUUACAUCACCAUAUUCUUCAUAUAUGUACAGAAAAUUUCAUCCUGUUUGUAUUUGAUGGGAUAAAAACAUUUUGGCACUGCAAUUUAGCUCUGAGGCCAUCAGCGAUUUUUUCUGAACUAAGACUAAUCACGAUGGCAGUGAAAGCAGUCCUGUUUUUAAAUCCCUCUUUUUACAGUGGACCUAGUUGAUAAUACCAGCUUGUUUUCUUACUCUUAUUCUAAUGCUCUUCAGGGUACAUGCAUUGAAAGAACGCCAGUGUUGAGAAAUGCACCUCUUUGUAUUGUGUAUUUAAGUCAUGUUGUUUGAUACAAUGUUGUUAUUAUUCUUAAUUAUUGUAAUGCACAUGAACAAGUGACCAGUAUUGUAAUAUUUUAUAUGGAGUGACACCAAAGACAUGGGAGACUGAAGAAGCUUAUCAAUGCUAACACGUUUUGUUACCAAUUCAACACUAAUAUUUCAGAUACACUGCAGAUCAACAGCAAUUCCUAACUAGCUAUCAGGUUUCUUCUUUUUAAUAAAAGUGUGUUACCAACCAGA